CACCUCUGCACAGUGCAACAGAAGCAGCAGCAGCAGCAGGAGCAUGCCCGACUGGAGGCGAAACCAGCCUGCAGCAGCACAAUCUCCUGGGUCGUUAACCUGUCGCAUGUGGGAUACGUGAAGACAGACGGAUAUCUGCUUCUGCGGGAAUCAGGAGAGCAGCAACGAUACAGCUGUGUUCUUUAAUUAUUAUUUUUUGGUCUGAGUUUUUUUUUUUUUUUUUUGGAGAGCUUUUGUGUUGCCAGGGAAGAGAAAGUCCGAGCAGCCAUGACAGUUCAUCCUGUAUCUGCGCGACCACUCAACAGCCACUUCUGACCAAACCUUAUUUAGCAAACCAAAGAUGUCAGCGUGCAGUGACUUUGCAGAACACGUGUGGAAACCUGGCUCUUGUAAGAACUGCUUCCACCCGCUUAGUGCACACCACAAGACUGUCGGGGGCCUGGGUGGCAGUGCGCCAGCCGCUUGUUUGAAGAGCAGCCUGGGAGGUGAUGAAGAAGCGGAAGUAACAGCACCUUCGCCCUACAGCAAGCCAACCAUCGCUGUCAAACCCACUAUGAUGAGUCUUGACACCAACGAGUCGAUGACUGAUGUCAACAUGAACAUAGACCAGGAGAACACAAAGAGCCCGGUUGAACGUUUGGGCCUGAAGAAGCUCUUGGACCUGUCGUCACUUUACAUUGACAGUAAUGGCUGCAACAAGGCCCAUAGAGAGGCGGUUCUCCAGAGUCCUGAAACCAAGAUGGACUACAACAACUGUUUCUCCUUAUCCUCCAACAUCCUGCCUAAAGACUCCAUGAUUAUCAGCAAUAUCUUCGUCACCCAGGAGGAGGGUAGAGGUUCUCAGAGUUUAAAGAAGAAUGCCAAUGGAGACACUUGUAGGCAGCAGAAUACAACCACCACUAGAACCAAGAGCACUUAUAAUGGAAUUGGUGUGACUACCAGGACAAAUUGUCAGGAGUCUCAUCAGGCAUCUGUGGAUAUACCCUUUUCUGUGGAUAUUGUUCCUUCCAGUCCCGCCACAGUUCAUAGCAAUGGUAUCAGCAGUGGGAGUACUGCUACUAUUACGACUAAGACAUCCAGCACUUCCCCCACCACAGCCUUAAGUGUAGACACCACUAGCCACAAUCCCCCGCCAUCCCUCCAAUCUCCUCCCAUCCUGUCUAAACAGACCAGCCUAUCGGACUCUACUUGUUCUUAUCGUAGCAGUACAGAUUCACUUCCUGGGGCAGAGCGGUCGGGAGGAAGACAAGGUAGGUCAGGGAGCCCUCAGAGCCAUCCAGCCAUGGGUAGCUCAAAGUCAACUCCCAGCUCUCCCAGCGGACAGCCAAACUCUGAACCCAUUUAUGCAGAAAGCACCAAGAAAAAGCGCAGGCCGCAAGGAAAUGGAGUGCAAUCCCAUCCUGAGUCCCAAAACCAGAUAAAGAACUCGUCCCAGGGCUCUGAGCUUUCAGGAGAGAGUCAACGGGCUACCAUCACUGUGAUGGCCGCUCACACAGAGGACAACAACAGGACUUUCUACCUGAGCAGUCCAGAUUCAGCCAUCAGCACCCAAAGCCACUUCAGCCCCACAGCACGUAAAGACCCCAGCAGCCCGGCCUUCCGCUGGCCCAGCCCCAGUCACAGCGCACCCUCUUUGGUCACAGAAGCUAGCCUUGCCCCAACUCUCUAUCCAAAGCCUCAGUCUAGCCCACCCAUUCCCCCGAAAAGGACCACCCGUUCCCCCAAACUGGGAACCUCUAGCCUCUCACCGUCCAUGUCUUCUCCAGUCCCUCUCCCUGAUCUCCCCAAACUGGGCACCUCCAGUCUCUCACCAUCCAUCUCAUCUCCUGUCCCUCUGCCUGAACUUUCCAUGCUUUUCCUCGUCUCUGCCAGAGAGGGCCACUUCAAGGUCCAUACAGAGAACCACAGCGCAGCAGCGUCUGAACGCUGGCAGAAGCCCCAUCACCACAGUUCUAGCUGGAACUGUCGCAUCGAGGAAGAAGAGGAAGAGGAGGAGAAAGAGCGGAAAGAGGGGGAAAAGAAGAAACUGGCAGCCAACCCAGGGACAACCUCUCGGGUGACAGGCCUGGUCAGUGGUGCCGCUGUCUGGAAGGAAGCCAGGGACUGGAAGGCCCACAGCAGCCCCCCUCCGAUGACAGAGCCAGGCACGGCCCCCCCGGCUGCCCCCAACAAUGGUGCCUGUCAGGGGGAGACUGAGGGCACCGGUGCAGAGGAGGAGGGCAAGCAUAACGGGAGCAUGCCGGCCAGGCAACCGUUGCAUGGCGGCUCAUCAGAUCUGCUGGCAGCAGGGAAAGGAGCUGCCAACAAUGAACCCAACCCACCGCCUCCCCCACCUAAGAAACUGCACAGAGUGUGUAGUAAGAUGAGUGGCAGCAACAUGGAGCUGGACCGCUGCAGCCAACAAGGGUCAGUAGAGAGCCCUACUUCAUCUCUGCGGGGUCUGAGCAGUGCCAGCCUACCCACUGCCUCCACUGACAACCUGACUGCUGACAGCGGUUCUCGGGAUGCUACGCGGAUAUCUUGUUCCUCUCCAUUUACCAGAAGUCCAGUGGCCUCAGCCCCAGGGUCUCCUCUCCCGCCCUCCUUUAACAGCUUAACUAACCAGCCGCCUCCACUCCCGGAGAAAAAAAUGGUCAACCGCACUGUGUCAGCUCCCGAUAGCGCAAACGGAAAACCUUUCGUCCGAGCUUACCCGCGCCUCCCAUUCACUGGCUCGGAGAGCAACGUGUGUCGACCUGCUGAUGUCAGCUCCCGGUCCAGUUUACCGUCCAGCCCUGUUGACCCGCGACCCAUUUUCUCUUCCAACGAGUCUCUGGAGCAUUGUCAUGCCCUGCUAGGCCGAUCCUCAAGGUCCCGGACGCUGGAUGAACCACUGAAGACUCACGGGCGUCUGGGUGUCCACUGCCGAAGCAGCGUCACCUGCUCCUCCUCUCCUCAACUCAGCGUACCCUUCUCCGCCUCAGAACCGGGUCUGGCACCCAAUCUGGGCUCUAGCCUGCAACUCCAGACCCUUCUGAGUAACAUAGACAGUAGGGAGGGAGUGUACUCCAAAUUGGGAGGCCUGUAUGCUGAGUCUUUGCGGCGCUUGGCUCUAAAAUGUGAGGAUCACUUCACUCGCUCGCAGAGGAACCCACUUAGGUUUGAGGAGAGCAACUGGUCUCUGUUCCGGCUCACCUCUAACAAGCCCAGCUGCAACGCGGGAGAUGCUGUGUACUACUCUGCUGCCUGUGCCUCCGACCCCAGCAACUCCUACGCUGUAAAGAUUUGCAAGAGUCCAUCCAUGGAAGCCAAACAGGGUCACCUGUACGGUCUGUCAGUGCAGCAGAACAUGCCUCCCCACUUCAACCUCCAGCAGGACUGUGGUCACUUCCUCGCUUGUGUCCCCCAGAGCAUGUUGCCAUCUGACGAAGUCUCUCUGCCCACCACACCUGCUUCAUCGCUGCCCCAGGCCUCCACAUCUGCGCCUGGCCAACAGGCGGACCGAGAACGAGUGGUGGUCAUCACCUCUGAGAUCCCUCAGCAGACAGCAGCUGAUUUUGUUCGGGAGUGGGAGGCGUUCCAUAAAUCUCAGCCCGAGGUCUACGAACGGCGUGUAUGUUUCCUCCUCCUGCAGCUCUGCAAUGGCCUGGAGCACUUGAAGGAGCACGGGGUCACUCACCGUGACCUCUGUCUCGAAAACCUGUUGUUGGUGCCUCAUCUCCGCAGGUCCUCCCACUUCCCCCAGCAGACCACCACUGACAACGGCACCAGCAACAGUUCAGGCGGUGUAGACAUUCAGCGUCACCUUCCCCGGCUCCUCAUCAGCAACUUUGCUAAGUCCAAGCGUCGUUCCUCCGAGGAUGCCGCGUCAACCACUGUGGAUCCUCGCAUCAAACGUGACCACGCCAGAUUGGCGCCUGAGAUCGUCUCAGCAGCCCAGUAUCGUAAAUUUGACGAGUUCCAGACAGGCAUCCUGAUCUAUGAGCUCCUCCACCAAGCCAACCCAUUUGAGGUGAGCCCAGCUCUGAAGGAACAAGACUACCGCUGUGAGGAAUUGCCUCCAAUCCCCUCCGUCUCCCUUUACUCCAUCGGCCUCCAGAGGCUGGCCCAGCUCCUGCUCCAGCCUGACCCCAUCAAACGUAUCCACAUUCAGGAGGCCAAGCGCAUACUGCAGAGUCUCCUCUGGGGCCCGAGGAAGGACCUGAUGGAGCAGCAGUGGGAGAGACACGGACAGGGGGGAGGCUUCGUCGGCGGAUCCCGACACGAGGGCCUCCUCAACUGGCUGGAUGUGAAACGCGCCCUACUGAUGAUGAAGUUCGCCGAGCGUUCGCUGGAGCCCGAGAGGAACGCGGAGCUGGAGGACUGGUUGUGCUGUCAGUACUUUUCUUCGGCUCACCCUCUGUCUCUCUGCCACACUGCUGAACUGCUCUACUCGCUAAAGUGACAGCUCACUUUAAGGUUAAAGAUGUCCGUGAGCGGAGCCGAAGUAAAGCGUGAAUGUGUGUAUGAGAAAGACCAAUAAUGUCAAAGUUAAUGUCUUGACACUAUGGACGGGUCCAGUGUGAUCCUUUUGGAGAUACUAUGAACCCACCCACCUGUUUGCGCUACUGCUGCAUGCACAAGAGCCAUGCAUCAACCUUGCCGUCCACUUUCAGUAUCCUGCUACAGACUGUCAGCUUUGCAAAGAAAUAACCUGUGAAGAUUCAGCUGUUUUUUUUAGAUGUUCUUGUCACAGACAUACAGGCAAAAUCACUAAACAUUCACUCUGACUAGAAUCACUUUAUGCCAGUGAUGCUGAUAAGUACAUCGGUAAAAUAAAAAAGGAAAAAUAUGGACAGUAUUCAUAAUCCUAUAAUACACUUACCAAAGUUUGAUGUUUGACACUGUUUUGUGUGUAUUUAAAUAUCAGUUAUGACAUUUUACCCACUGAGAACAGGCUAAUAAUUCAUAACCCUAUUCUGUGUCAGCCAGCUUUGCAAAGUAACGCUGUGUUGUAUCUACGUAAUGUGCAGCUAACUUUUAAAUUUGUCUGAUAUCUUAAUAAAAAUAUGAGGUCACUAGCACACUUACACUGUUGCACCUUUUUUCCGUCAUGUUUAUUCAUGGGCACAUAGUACUGUAUUCUGUGGAAACGACACAAUUUCAAACCAAAAUCCACCAAAAGUUGCAGAAUAAUUUUCUAUUUCUCAAUGAAUACUGGUGUAGUAGUUAGAGAGAACAAGGCAGGCUUCCGUAAGACUGUGUUUUGUCACAAUCUUUAUUUAACAGGUCUGAAUAAUAAAGACUUCUUCAGUUCAUCCUAAGUCAUACUGUAACUCUCUAACACAACUCAAAUAGUAAUUGGAGUGGCAAAACAAUUGGCAAUGUCAGCGAUUGCUUCUACUGAAUGGCUGCCCAGUUUUUCCCUCUGCUUACUUUUAGUAUAUAUUUAAAUGUUUUGACAUUCGUCGCAGUGCCUUUUGUUCUUUGUAUAUGUUACAGUGACUCCGAAGCCAAAUGUAAAUAUUACUGAUCAUUCGUCCUUUGUGAAACUGGCCUUUCACAGAAUGUUCCAGAAACAAUUUUGUACAGUAAUUUGUAGAUGAGCCCAAGCAGGUCUUAAAAAGCCAUGAAUAUGAGCAGCAGUUAAAAAUAUUUAUGAUAUCAUUUGUUAUCCUGUAGUAGUCACUGGAAUUUCUCUGUUUAUUUUCAUAUGUGGAUUAUCAAGUUAUUUGUUUUCUGGCACAGCAACAGCUGGGCCUGUUUUGUUUUUGCCUCCUGUGUCCCCUGUAGGCUACAGAGAGAAAGAAAAUCAAGUCAUGGGUAUUUUAUCUCCAAGAAAUAAUUUCCUAAUAAGUCCAGAGUAGCAAGAAUUUAACAGCCUGCAUGCAGGCUUCUGUCCAUGUGUGACUGAUGUUGUUCUAAUGUUGAAUAUUAAAGAAAAACAUCGUCAGAACUCACAGCUAAUACAUAGUUGAUUUGAAUUAUUUUGUGUGCCUCACCUAUUUGCAUCUAUCAAUAAACUGUGCAUAUAUUUUCUCACAGUA